AUGACUACUAUCGUGAUAACAGAAGCGCGCUCUGAUCCUCACCAUAUAUAUCCGCCGGGCAAGAUACACGGUGCCUUCAUGGCGGGACAAAUGCAAACAAGUAAUGAACCUGUCGCGAUAUCCCCGGCGGCUACAGCUAUACUCAGCAGUCCUUCCGAGCAGAUCUCGUAUCUUAAACAAUCUCCAAAACCGGAAUCGCAUCUCAGUUCCCUUGCGAGUGCCGGCCUACGCACAUCGCCAUCUCCUAAUUUCGAAACUUCUGCUCCCGCAACAACUACCGUCAACAUGGCUAGCUCAACAGGAGCUGGUACAGCAGAUCAACCAUCUGUGGCUGGGAAAGAACAGGAUACACAGCAUCAGGAUAGCCCACGUGUAGCCCAGGAGGCAUUGAACACUGCCCGCGAAGCUCGAAAGGAAGAUGAGGUUAGAUCUCAAGAUGCCGCCGGCGCUCCGACUAUUCUUCAUGGGUCCGCCGACACAAGCGCCAAACCAGCGCAGGUGCCGUCCGAUGACAUGCAAGUAGACUCAUAUACAAAUUCUGGCCCCUUCGCCGAGCCGUCUGGUGCUGGUGACCACACGGCAACACAAGCGUCCUUGAUGAAUACUUCCACUGUGGCCAGUCCUGGCCCGAUUGAGGACACUGCUUCUCAAGACGGCGACAGACCACGCCAUCAGACCGACUUGGCAGAUGAUGCAAACAAAGCGUUCUCGUAUCCAAUGCCCGCCAAUAACCCGCUGGACCCGCGCCGUGGUCUCAGCCUACCUCAUUCCGGAUUCCAUAAAGGAGAACGUCCACACAUUUGCGAUAAGUGUGGUCGCAGGUUUGCGCGAGGAGAUGCUUUAGCUCGGCAUAACAAAGGCCAAGGGGGCUGCGCUGGACGACGUUCAAGUAUGGGAAGUUAUGCAGGUGAAGAAGAUUUUGGAGAAAACGCCGUUGGAGCGGACGACACUAUGGAUGGUCUUAUGUAUACUGAGCCCGAGCGAAUGGACGAAGAAGAGGAACGUCGUCUUGGUCUACCAAGUAUACGUAAGCAUAAUAAUGUAUCUUCCGAGCCCAUGCCACGCGCACCGGGAGUUUUUCAGAAUCGAGCACCAAGCACAUAUCCUCCAAUUGCUUCAACUCAACCACCGCCGCCGCCUCCUCCCCGUGGUCUUUUCCCACCUCCGACAAACCAUGGCGGAGGUUCAAGCUCUUCUACCUCACCCAUUUCCACAAGUGGAACUAUGACUUUCCCUGCAACCGCGCAUUCAUCUUCUACAUCUACCUCCUUUCCCGCACCCAAUAUGACAGAAAGUCCUAAGCCCCUUUCGCCAAAUCCACUUUCUUCGCAAGUAAGCCACGCACCCGAGGCGGCAGCAAUUCAUGCUCAUCAGCAGCAUCGACCUCAUUCACCCAGUUUGAGUCAACAAUAUUUCAGACAUGGCCAAGGUUCUCUGGGUCUCCCGCCGCCGCAGCUGCCACCUCCACCUGGUCUCAAUGCUCCAGACUCACGGUUUUUGCACAGUCAAGGGUCGGUGCAGAACGGGCCCGGGUCUUUGUCUGCUAAACAUAGUGGUACUCACAGCCACUCGAGCAGUUUGGGCGCACCUUUACCGCCUCAGUCAAAUAUUGAUCCGACACCUAGCGGUGCUGCGGAGACUAACAUGCAAGGGGAGUCUCGGGAAGAUAAGUUGUGGGCAUAUAUCAGAUCCGUGCACGAAGAACUCGGCACUCUCCGGUCGGAAGUGGCAUCGUUACGUUCGCAACUCGCUGCACAAAAUCAAGGAGCGAGUUCAGCACAAUCGGGUCCGGUAAAUGCUGGUGUGCGAUGA